AUGACAACUGCCGAGGAACAAGAGCUUCUGGCUCAGAUCAAUCGGCUGGAAGGACGCAUCAGUCGACACAAAGCACAACACGCCACCCCGACCUCGUCCUACCCCAGAAGCACCUAUAGGUCUUCCCCGUACCAUCGUGGUACUCACCGUGGAUCGCGAGGCCAUGCGCCGACGUAUCGCAACAGAACGCUGGUUUUGAAUGGACAGAAUGGACAGUCGGGGCAGGCGCGCUCUGAUUCGCCGGCGAUUCCCAACGCCAGCGGAUCAUGGGUGAGCCGAACCGACCGACAUCUCCAACUCAUUAACAGCUCUGUUUUCGAGAAGGACGCACAGGCUCGAGCCUCUGCCAUCGAGGAGACGCAGCGGCAAAAGCGCUUGCAGAAGGAGCAGGUGGAGAAGAACCGAUUCUUGAAUUAUGUGCAGAAGAACGGCAACAGCAUGCCACCCUUGCCCUCUAACUCUACCCCGACAGCAUCCAAAUACGAAAUCACAGUCGAAGGCAUCCGUUUUCAGAUCACCAAGCAGGGCAGUAAACUUGUCCGCGCCCCUGACGACAAGAACCCUCCUUCCGCUACUCCCAGAAUCACCACGAUCGGUGGUGUCAAGUUCUAUCGAACCAAGAAUGGAAAUCUCGUCAGACACGGCAUUGCCAAGGCACAACGGUAUGUGCCCCGAUCCGGAGAAAGCGCACUUCUAACAACGACGAGCAGAUUGGCAGGUGGAAUUAAGAAGGUCAACAUUCCUUGCAAGACCUUCUCCUGGACCGGUUCAUGUAUCAAGGGUCCGAAUUGUCGAUUCGUUCAUGACCCAUCCAAAGUCGCCAUCUGCCGUGACUGGCUUUUCAAGAACGAUUGCCCCAAUGGCGAUGCUUGUGAUCUUGUCCACGAGAAUUCUGAACAGCGCACGCCACUAUGCUUGCAUUUUGCCAAUGGCAAAUGUCAUAAUGACUCAUGUCCGUACGUUCAUGCUGAACAUUCCCAGACUGAUCCGGUUUGCCGCGACUUUGGUUUCCACGGCUAUUGCGAGCGAGGAGCCAAGUGCCCUGAUCGCCACGUAUUCGAGUGCCCUGAUUUCAGCAACACCGGUGUCUGUAAGAGCAAGGGCUGUAAGCUCCUUCACCGAGAACGGGCAAGCGUACUCCGCAACAAAGUCAUUAGCAGCAAUGACGAGGAGAUGGCCGACCUGUCCAGCGAUGAGGACGAGGGCGCUGCCCCUGAUGAUAUAGACUCUGACGAGGUGGAGGAAUUCAUUGGCAAUGACGAUUCGGAUGAACUAGAUCUUUCCAAGGACUACAUUGGAUUUUAA